ACUACCAACCAACAAACCAAAAACAAAGAGCCGCUAUUAUACAUGUUUCUUACUUAAAUAUCUGAUCAAAUCAUCAAUCAAAUCUCCAAUUGAAUCAUCAUGUGUGGAGGAGCUAUUAUCUCUGGUUUUAUUGCUCCGACGCGGUCGCGACGGCUAACGGCUGACUUCUUGUGGCCCGAUCUGAAAAAUUCGGAACCCAAAAAGGGGUCGGGUAAAAGGUACCCGAAGCCGGUGUUCCAUUUCGCUGAUGAUUUUGAGGCUGACUUCCAGGACUUCAAGGAUGAGGAAUCUGACAUCGAUAACUACGAUGGCGAUAAUGUUUUAGUUGAUAUCAAGCCUUUUGCUUUCUCUGCCACAAAGAAACCAUCCUUAGCUGUCUCUCAUGGUCCGAACCCUGUAAAAUCUGUGCAAUUCAGAGGUCAAGCUGAGAAAUGUGCAAAAAGAAAGAGGAAGAACCAGUACCGAGGAAUUCGACAACGUCCAUGGGGCAAAUGGGCUGCUGAGAUCCGAGAUCCAAGGAAAGGGGUAAGGGUCUGGCUAGGUACUUUCAAUACUGCUGAAGAAGCUGCUAGAGCUUAUGAUGCUGAGGCAACAAGAAUUCGGGGUAAGAAAGCAAAGGUGAACUUCCCUGAUGAGAUUUCGCGUACCUCUCCAAAGCGUGCGAUUAAGACAAUUGAUGAGAAGCCACUUCUCAUGUCAAAUUUGAGCCCCGUUGAACCAAAUAUCAACAAGAAUUUCAAUUGCUUGGACAAACCAGAGCAGAACUACUAUGUUAUCAUGGAUUUUGUAGAAGAGAAGGCACCGAUCGAUCCAUUUGCAUAUGUGGACCCUGUUCCUGCUGCUGUAGAUGUUGGAUCUAAACCUUUUGCUCAAUCUGACAACUCUCCCUUGUAUUUCAAUUCGGACGACGGAAGCAACUCCUUUGACUCUUCUGACUUUGGCUGGGGAGAACAUGAUGCAAAGGCUCCCCAAAUAUUGUCUGUUCUUAAAGCUUCUACAGAAGGCGAUGAGUUUCUGGAGGAUGCGAAUCCUCAGAAGAAGCUGAAACCAAGUUCUGACAACGUUAUGCCUACUGAAGAGAAUUCUGGGAAGAGUUUGUCUGAUGAGCUAUUGGCUUUAGACGAUCAGAUUACAUUCAUUGAGGGAAGCUGGGAUGCUUCCAUUGACGCCUUUCUCAAUGGAGAUGCAACUCAACAUGGUGCAAACCCAAUGGAUCUUUGGAGCUUUGAUGACUUCCCUUACAUGACUGCUGGUCUUUUCUGAGCAAACAUGCUCUACUUGGUAGUUUUUUUUCUUCCUUUUUCCUGUAAAUGAGGCGUGUAAAUGAAGCUUCACCCCAACCCCCUGACAGCCGCUAUAUCAGCUGUGUUAUCUAUAACAUUAUUUUCAUUUUUAUGGAAGAAUGUUCAGC